AGGGGUCGCGCCGCCCAGGUGGCCGCGGCCGGCUCUGAGGAGCGCGCCGGACGCCGUCCCCUGCGCCAGUGCGCACGCGCGCCCGUCAUCCGGGUGCUGGCUGCGGCUGCAGGUUGCGCUGGGGUGGCGGACAGGGGGCGGGGCCAGCGGCUCAUUGUGCGCUGCGCUGCGCGGCGCCGGCGGCCGCUGAGGCCUGGGUCGAAGUUGGCGCUGCUGCCGCCGCCCUGCAGCCCACUCGCUGCCUCGGCAGCGCGCUGCUCUUCUAAAAUGGCUGCCGCUACCGGUGCUGUGGCAGCCUCGGCCGCCUCGGGUCAGGCGGAAGGUAAAAAGAUCACUGAUCUGCGGGUCAUCGAUCUCAAGUCCGAGCUGAAGCGGCGGAACUUAGACAUCACCGGAGUGAAGACAGUACUCGUCUCCCGACUCAAGCAGGCUAUUGAAGAGGAAGGAGGCGAUCCAGAUAAUAUUGAAUUAACUGUUUCAACUGAUACUCCAAACAAGAAACCAACCAAAGGCAAAGGUAAAAAACAGGAAGCAGAUGAGUUGAGUGGAGAUGCUUCUGUGGAAGAUGAUGCUUUUGUCAAGGACUGUGAAUUGGAGAAUCAAGAGGCACAUGAACAAGAUGGAAAUGACGAGCUAAAGGACUCUGAAGAAUUUGGUGAAAAUGAAGAAGAAAAUGUGCAUUCCAAGGAGUUACUUUCUGCAGAAGAGAACCAGAGAGCUCAUGAAUUAAUAGAGGCAGAAGCAAUAGAAGAUAUAGAAAAAGAGGACAUCGAAAGUCAGGAAAUUGAAGCUCAAGAAGGUGAAGAUGAUACCUUUCUAACAGCCCAAGAUGGUGAGGAAGAAGAAAAUGAGAAAGAAGGGAACCUAGCUGAGGCUGAUCACACAGCUCAUGAAGAGAUGGAAGCUAAUGCGACUGUGAAAGAAGCUGAGGAUGACAACAUCUCGGUCACAAUCCAGGCUGAAGAUGCCAUCACUCUGGAUUUUGAUGGUGAUGACCUCCUAGAAACAGGUAAAAAUGUGAAAAUUACAGAUUCUGAAGCAAGUAAGCCAAAAGAUGGGCAGGACGCCAUUGCACAGAGCCCGGAGAAGGAAAGCAAGGAUUAUGAGAUGAAUGCGAACCAUAAAGAUGGUAAGAAGGAAGACUGCGUGAAGGGGGAUCCUGUCGAGAAGGAAGCCAGAGAAAGUUCUAAGAAAGCAGAAUCUGGAGACAAAGAAAAGGAUACUUUGAAGAAAGGGCCCUCGUCUACUGGGGCCUCUGGUCAAGCAAAGAGCUCUUCAAAGGAAUCUAAAGACAGCAAGACAUCAUCCAAAGAUGACAAAGGCAGUACAAGUAGUACUAGUGGUAGCAGUGGAAGCUCAACUAAAAAUAUCUGGGUUAGUGGACUUUCUUCUAAUACCAAAGCUGCUGAUUUGAAGAACCUUUUUGGCAAAUAUGGAAAGGUUCUGAGUGCAAAGGUAGUUACAAAUGCUCGAAGUCCUGGGGCAAAGUGCUAUGGCAUUGUAACUAUGUCUUCAAGCACAGAGGUAUCCAGAUGUAUUGCACAUCUUCAUCGCACUGAGCUGCAUGGACAGCUGAUUUCUGUUGAAAAAGUUAAAGGUGAUCCUUCUAAGAAAGAAUUGAAGAAAGAAAAUGAUGAAAAGAGUAGUUCAAGAAGUUCUGGAGACAAAAAAAACAUGAGUGAUAGAAGUAGCAAGACACAAGCCUCUGUGAAAAAAGAAGAGAAAAGGUCAUCUGAGAAAUGUGAAAAAAAAGAAGGCAAGGAUACUAAGAAAAUAGAAGGUAAAGAUGAGAAGAAUGAUAAUGGAUCAAGUGGCCAAACUUCAGAGUCGAUUAAAAAAAGUGAAGAAAAGAAGCGAAUAAGUUCAAAGAGUCCAGGACAUAUGGUAAUACUAGACCAAACUAAAGGAGAUCAUUGUAGGCCAUCAAGAAGAGGAAGAUAUGAGAAAAUUCAUGGAAGAAGCAAGGAAAAGGAGAGAGCUAGCCUAGAUAAAAAAAGGGACAAAGACUAUAGAAGGAAAGACAUCUUGCCUUUUGAAAAGAUGAAGGAACAAAGACUAAGAGAGCAUUUAGUUCGCUUUGAAAGAUUGCGACGAGCAAUGGAACUUCGAAGACGAAGAGAGAUUGCAGAAAGAGAGCGUCGAGAGCGAGAACGCAUUAGAAUAAUUCGUGAACGGGAAGAACGGGAACGCUUACAGAGAGAGAGAGAGCGCCUAGAAAUUGAAAGGCAAAAACUAGAGAGAGAGAGAAUGGAACGCGAACGCUUGGAAAGGGAACGCAUUCGUAUUGAACAGGAACGUCGUAAGGAAGCUGAACGUAUUGCUCGAGAACGAGAGGAACUGAGAAGGCAACAGCAGCAGCUUCGUUAUGAACAAGAAAAAAGGAAUUCUUUGAAACGCCCACGUGAUGUAGAUCAUAGGCGAGAUGAUCCUUACUGGAGCGAGAAUAAAAAGUUGUCUCUAGAUACAGAUGCACGAUUCAGCCAUGGAUCUGACUAUUCUCGCCAGCAGAACAGAUUUAAUGACUUUGAUCACCGAGAGAGGAGCAGGUUUCCUGAGAGUUCAACAGUACAGUCAUCAUCUUUUGAAAGGCGAGAACGCUUUGUUGGUCAAAGUGAAGGGAAGAAAACACGUCCUACUGCACGAAGAGAAGAUCCAGGUUUUGAAAGGUAUCCCAAAAAUUUCAGUGAUUCCAGAAGAAAUGAGCCUCCACCACCAAGAAAUGAACUUAGAGAAACGGACAGGAGAGAAGUCCGGGGAGAACGAGAUGAGAGGAGAACGGUAAUCAUCCAUGACAGGCCUGAUAUCACUCACCCUAGACAUCCUCGAGAAGCAGGGCCCAAUCCAUCCAGACCAACCACCUGGAAAAGUGAUGGCGGCAUGUCCACUGACAAACGGGAAGCAAGAGUUGAAAGGCCGGAACGAUCGGGGAGGGAAGUAUCAGGACACAGUGUGAGAGGGGCUCCCCCUGGGAAUCGCAGCAGUACUUCCAGCUAUGGAAACAGAGAGGGAGACAGAGGCGUAAUCACAGACCGAGGAAGUGGAACACAGCACUAUCCUGAAGAGCGACAUGUGGUUGAACGCCAUGGACGGGACACAAGUGGACCAAGGAAAGAGUGGCAUGGUCCACCUUCUCAAGGGCCUGGCUAUCAUGAUGCAAGGCGAAUGGGUGAUGGCCGGACAGGAGCGGGCAUGAUAACCCAACAUGCGAGUAAUGCAUCCCCAAUUAAUAGAAUUGUACAAAUCAGUGGCAAUUCCAUGCCAAGAGGAAGUGGCUCCGGAUUUAAGCCAUUUAAGGGUGGACCUCCACGACGAUUCUGAAAAUUAGCUCUCUGCCAUGGUUUCAAGAUAAUUUAUUGAAAUCUCCUGUAAACUUUACUUGACUACUUACGAAGAGGACCUCUGACUUGCUUGAGAGUUUUGUCAGACUUUUCUUUUUUUCUCUUUUUUUAAAAUUUAACAUGAUUGCUUUUCUCAAUUUUGGAGAAGAUGUUUAAAUAGUUCCGUUGUAACUUUUAAUAGUUUUGUGUAUCAUUCAACUUUUUUUCUUGCAGCACCGAGACACAUUUGAAAGGAUGGAAUCAAAACCAUUUUGUUGAACUCUGUGUGAAUAUAAAGAGUAGUUUGCAGCUGUGUGGUAGUAGUUUAAUUUGCAGCAUUAGCUCCGUGGUGUCAGGCUCUAGAGUUCCUUCUUGUCACCAAGCAUUUUCAGCCUCCAUUUUGAAGGCUGUUGAAGCUUAAAACGUCUGCUGUCUAAUUUUUAGAGAAUAAGAUUGUUCCUUGCAUUUCUGAGUAUUAUGUAACCUAUUUUUGCAGAAGGUACUGUUACAUUAAGUGCAUCUGUGUAUCCUGGUUUAAAAAAAUGUACUCUUUUUUGAAAUAAACCUUCCUAUUCUGUAUAGUUGCUAAA